AUCAUUGAUAGCAAUUUUCUUUGAGCGAAAGUUGCGAUUGGAAAACGUUUUGCAGCCAUGAACUGACGGCACGAUGUAAUUGUUUCAUAAAAUCAUGCGCCAUCGAUGAUCAAUAGUCUUUUAGAAUACCCGUGUCUCAUAAUAAUACCGAUGCUGAGAACAAAUUGUGACUCGUCUUAGAUUCGGGUCAGUAGGGUAUGUACAAAAAGGAAAAAUUAAUUGAUUCAUGUCUGGUUCUUCUCCUACUUUUACAAUGAUUUUCCACUUUCAUUUUCUCAGGAUUUUCUGAUCUGUUAAUCACCAAUCCUGUGGCACACUCCUAGACACGGAUAUUGUUAACCACUUCGACUUGACGAAGUGGAAUUAUUUGUAAUACGUGUAUAUUCAUAAUUACUAAGGGUACGGGAAUUCUUAUUUGAUCGUGCUCGUACAAGAAAGAGCCAAGUUAUGGAAACACCAACUGAAUCGAUAGACACCAAUGGUUUCACUGUCGACGAUGAUGCCGUGGCUUGGAAUGCGGGAAGAAUUGAAAAUAGCGCCUUUGUUCGCACAAUUUACGGCUUCAUCGCCUUCUCUGGUAUUACGGGUAACGCCCUCGUGUGUUUCGUUCUCCUACGAAUCCCUUCACUCCGUACUCGAACCAGUCAAUUCAUCAUCAAUCUGGCCAUCAAUGACCUCGUGACAGCCGUCUUCGUCAUUCCGUUGCAUCUGUUUCCGAACUUUCCCCCUGCCCCGUCCGGUUUCGCGGGCCAGCUGUACUGUCGUCUUUUCAUCUCCAAGUCUCUGCUCUGGGCUUCUAUCGUCGCAUCGGGUUUUAGUCUUAUCGCCGUCACAACAGAGCGUUAUUUCGCCGUUGUUCACCCAGUUCGGUACAAGUUCUACUUCACAACAAGACUGACCAUCAUCUUUGUUGUUGCAUGCUGGGUAAUUUCUCUGAUUUUGGCUUCGUAUCACAUGGCAUCCUUUGCUCCCUCCAACGGAAUCUGUGUAUUCGUCCCUCUCCGGAGCCCGGUUAAUUCGAUGAUCUUGGGAGUGUUUAUCUUCAUGAUUAUGUAUGCCCUGCCCAUUAUAACCAACCUUGUGCUUCAGACCCUUGCCAUCAUUGCACUACGGAAGCAGGCCAAAUCAAUGGGCAGCGGUGAUGCACAAGCAGGUGGUGAGACCGGGAUCAAGAAGGACCAAUGGCAAUUGAGAGCAGCAGCCGAGAUGCAGAAGACACUCUUGAUCGUUGUUUUGGUUUACGCAUUAUGCUGGGGACCCAACCAUUUCCUCUUUCUUGCCUUCACAUUUGGUGCACCCAUCGACUUCGCAUCUCAGUACUACCACUUUACGGUCAUCAUCGCCCUCUUCAACUCCUGUGUGAAUCCCUUUAUUUACGUCUUCAAGAACAAGGCGUUUCGAAGAGGGGUUCGUCAGGCUCUCCUGCCGGGAGGGACAACGGUUCAUCCCAUGGGGUUGGGGAGCGGAACAGGCACUGGUGGUACAUCUGACAGGGGAACGGGAUCGACCAAUGUGUAGAUUCGCGUCGCUACUUUCCUCAAAGUUCGACAGUCAAACGGUUAAAGUUCUAUAAAAGAAAAUAAUGGUACAAGGAUUUUAGUUCGGUAAAAUGUUAACCUAGAUUGGGGAAGUUUAUCAAAUAAUAUGAACUUGAUAGACAUGAGUCUAGUAGAUUAAGAUUUAUUAUCAACGUAUUAUAUUCGUCUUAAACUGCAAAACAAAGAAAUCUGUUCUUAACCUCAGCUCACUUUCAAACUACAUUCACACCUGCACUGAAUAGAGUGGUGAGGCACGCUAACACAACGCUAUAGCAUCAGAUUUUUUGUCAGACGCGUUUCGGCAUGGGCGGGACUCGAACCCCUCACGUUGAGAUCUACGAUCUUUCCGAAACAUGCGCUCUAACCGACUCAGAGCUAACGCUGCCUCCCUUUUAUUGGUUUCUGCAACACUUUUUCAGAAGCACAU